UGAAGUAGCAUAUCUUGAAGAGAAACAGUCAGUAGCCUAUAGACAACAUAUAAUAGAAUAUACGUAUCUUAAUCUCACGAAACCUAGUGUAAAUUACCGUUUGGCAUAAAAAAUGCCGAAAACCGUUGGCGAUACAUUAAUUGGUGUCCUUGAUGACUUGGGAAUGACUAAACUGAAGGGGUUCAGACAAAAACUCUGUGAACGCAAGCAGGAGCCAAAAAUUCGCAGGGGCAAUGUUGAAAAUUUGGACCCAAUAGAUUUGGCAGACCUUCUGACUCGUACUUUCACUGAAGACGGGGCUUUGGAUGUGGCUAUAGAGGUAUUGAGGGCAAUUGACUGCCAUGAUGGCGCAAAGGAACUGACGGAUUUCAAGAAAGCUUAUUUUACAGCUCAAGAAUCUUGGGUAACAUCGGGUGCUGCUAAGGGAAGUGCACCUGGACCAAAUAACAUGAUCAAAGACAAACACUUUGUGGACCAUCAUCGGACGGCCCUGAUCGACAGAGUGAGCCAGGUGGCACCCAUCUUGGAUAGGCUCCUGGAGAGGGGAGUCAUCACCGUAAAUGCCUACAGUGACGUGAGGGCUGAAAGAACCAAUCAGAACGGGAUGAGGGAGCUCUUAGAUGUCCAUCUGAAAGCAUCUGGGUCCAAAGGCAAAGAUGUGUUCUUAGAUAUCCUGAUGGAACAGGAGCCAUACCUAAUCAGUGAACUGAAGGGGGAAAAAUGGAGAUAGGGGCCACUUGAUUUCUUUUUUUAGGGCAAGGGACAAACAUUUGAUGAUAAUAAUGCACUCUGUUUUUCAGUAUAUUUUUACACUGGAAAAAUGAAUUCUCUCCAAAGUUUGCAAAAAAUGAAAACCAAUUAUAUUGACCCGCUGUUUUUUUCUUUUCAUGAGCAAAUACUGUGUCGUGAAUUCUAAUCAUCUAGCUGUUUGGAACUCAACAAUAGAAAACAUACGAAUACGUGUAGUAACAUUGUAUUAUGUAGCCUAUACAAAUGAGUGCAUCUGUGCUUUGGCUACGUAGUUUCUUAAACAUAAACAAUUCGAGUUUCCAUUGGACACAUUCAGGUAUGCCCCUCCAUUUUGUUCUGUCUGCUUUUGUUUGCAUCAGUUUCUUCUGUUUGGUUUCGUUUGGUUCCUCGUUAGUGAAUACAUGCUACCAUCCAUAUAUGGCUGCCUAUAGAAGUAGGUGGGACAAUCAUCUUGCAAAUGCCGCGUUCACGUGCUAAUCGGAACUAGGAAACUGACAUUUCCGACAAGCUAACUGGUUGUAGUUAUUCACAUUCCGCGUUCAACCAGUUAGCAAGUUGGAAAUGUCAGUUUCCUAGUUUUGACUAGCACGUGAACGUGGCAUUAGCCUGUUUUUAAAUGUUCCAAAGUAUUCUUCCUUUCACAACAUGUUUUCUUAGUUUGCUUGUGUGCCAAUGCUUUGUUUGAACAAAACAAAUGAACAUAGAGUACCACAGUAUGAGUCAUAAUACCCAUAAAACCUAAUGGUCAAACAGGGAAAUGGUUCCAAUUGUUUUUCCACCAUUCACUUUUCCCAUAGAGGAUUUUAGAAAGACUUAAAAUAAGGGGUGUAUUUCAUAUACGCUUACCCUGGCGUGAUGUUUUGAUAACCGUGUAAAUCUCUCUAGGACAAGAUGACUUUUAUCAAUAUAUUUGCCUGUAUUUACCCCCCCCCCAACCGCCCCGCCCAAAAUGAAAUGCUAAUUAGCUGCUAAUAUGGCUAUCAUAAAGAACUGCAAAUGCCAUAACGAUCUGAACAAGACCGCUGAAUUGAGGCAAAAGGAAAAUUUUUAGCUAAAUGUAGUAAUGAAUAAAUUGGCCAAAAUUUUUUUAAUUGACAAUUCUGUGAACUGUCUUGUGCAUUUUCAAAACAAAGAGUAUAUAUAGAGCCAAAUAUAGCCGUGGGCAGUAGUGGUGCUAAGAAAAUAAAUAAUGAUAAUACUUUUUUUUCUUUAACCUUUAUUUAACUAGGCAAGUCAGUUAAGAAAUAUUAUUUUCAAUGACGGCCUUGGAACAGUGGGUUAACUGCCUUGUUCAGGGGCAGAAUGAAAGAUUUUUACCUUGUCAGCUUGGGGAUUUGAUCUUGCAACCUUCCGGUUACUAGUCC